AUGAGGGGUCGGGCCCCGGAUCUGUUGGCUCGCGAGGUGUCGCGGCGGCGUGUGCUCUGCCUGCACGGCUUCCGGGCGAGUGGAGACAUGCUCGCCCUCUCGCUCGGCCCUCUCACCCGCGCGCUCGGCGGGACGUACGACUUUACCUUUGUCGACGCGCCGACCGCCGCCAGCGGGCCUGCAGAGCCGGGCGUGCCGGAGGGGCUCCUCGGCUACGAGUGCUUUCCUGUAGGAGCGUACGACACGGCGUGGCGGCCAGCCUACGAGCACGGCUUCGACGGCGCGGCGAUGGCGCUGCUUGUGCCCGGCGCUCGGGACGCGCGGCCGUCGCUGCACGUGUACGACGCCGCCGAGCCGCACGCGCACUUGUGCCGGCGGGUGGAGGCGUCGUUUGAGGGCCCGGCCGUGGUGCGCCACGGGGAGGGGCACGCCGUGCCGCGCGCCGAGGCGGCGACGCGGGAGAUGGUGCGAUUCGUGGAGCGCGUGUGA